CGUCAAAAAGCACACGCAGCCGUAGCCAUAAACAACGCAGUAACAGUACCAGCAUCACCACGAAUCCUCACGGCAAAAGCGGUUCAUCGACAGCGGCAGGCCAUUCCGGCACUGCCACGAAUAUUAAACAGAGCGCCAGUCGCAACAGCAAUAUACGCAGUUCAUCGUCGAACAGCACCAUGGCCUCGUCGAAUCAUCGAGGCGGGGGCGGUGGCGGCGGAGGGGGCGGCGGUACAGGUGGUGGUGGCGGUCACGGGCAUGCCGGUUCCGGUCUACAAAUCGGUUCGGCGUGGUUUCAGCGCAAAAUCAAUCUACGACCCCAGCAUCGAGGUGUUCAUUUAGUGACGGAGGAGAUACUGCGACAAAUGCCCGAACUGUCACAAUUUUCGGUGGGAUUAUGUCAUGUGCAAAUUUUACACACAUCAGCGAGUUUAGCGUUAAAUGAAAGUUGGGAUCCAGAUGUAAGAGACGACAUGGAAAUGAUGUUAAACAAAAUAGUUCCCGAAGGUCUACCCUAUAGGCAUUCAUGUGAAGGUCCUGAUGAUAUGCCUGCCCAUGUGAAAGCCUGCUUUCUUGGCAGUUCAUUGACAAUCCCCAUAACCGAUGGCAAAUUAUCCCUGGGCACCUGGCAGGGUGUUUGGUUAUGUGAGCAUCGCGAUCAGGCUGGUUCACGGAAAUUGGUGAUAACAUUAAGCGGGUGUCCGAGAGAAACGGCACGCAGUCCCCUAUCACCGGUGUCACCAAUUGCCUCCACAUCCAGUUAGGGAAGGCCUCGCUCCACCCGUGAUAGUCGGUAAUCGCGGG